CGCUUUCGUUCUUCUUGUCGAGGUACCGGAUACCCGACUUGUUGUUUUAUCUUCACGACUUGCUUUUGCUGUUGUUACGACCCCCCACUCUCGUUGUAUCCUUCGAACUUGUUUGUGUGUAUCACGUCAACAUGCAGUUCCCAAUCGUCACGCUCUUCGCUGUCGUGCUUGCUCUCGCUGCCGCCGUGCUCCCUGCCAUGUCUUUGCCGAUGUCCACCAUCAACAGUAUUACGCCCCUGGCUCGCCCGCGUAUUGGGAUUACCAUUCGUCCACCUACCCAGGUCAACGAACCCAUUGCUAUGAACGUUCCCUCGUCAGCUUCAAGUCGUCGUGAUCUCAUGGACAGCGUCAUGUGGAAGCGUUACAUUGACUUGGCCUGCACCGAAGCCAUGAAUUCAGGGACCCCAGCGCCUGCCGAGUGCUACAACAACCCGUUAGUGAACAGCCCGUUCUUCCGGGUGUCAAAGGUAGCAGCGCGGGCGUACCUGGCUGGUCUCAUGCACUGAAGGACGAGCGCUGCGUCGAAGGAUAGAUGAGGUUUUCGGGCCCGCCGUCAGCUGGAAGGACCUGGAUUAGUGUCCACCCCCUCCGACCAGAUUCGCCAACGGACAACUGUAGCACCACUCAUAUAUGUGCAAGUUAGGAGAUGACUGAGCAAUACGAAUAUGCCAUCUCAGCU